AUGGCCACAGAAAAUGGGGCGUCUCUGCCUCUAUAUCGCCCGACCAAGGCCAUCCCUUACGAACUCGUCCAACAUUGUGGCAUAUUCCUUGAAGAAAAGCUAUACACACAAGCACUCAAUCUUCUACUGAACAUACUGUCGCCCGGUGCUAUUGCCUCAGGACCCGUCUACGUCCCCUCCCCGCAGUACCUGGCAGUCGCAGCCACAUUUCUCGUCCACCCAUCCACCACCAGCCGAGCCAAGACAGCAGAGGAGGAAGAGGCACCGAACGCAGCGCUGCGGCUGCUCCGACUCACCAACACGCUUGUCGGACCAAUCUCUGCCCGAUUCACAGCGGCGUUUGCAUUCAAUCAUUUCGAGUCCUCUCGGCAGGGAAGGCGGCGGCGCGUAGAAGACGACGAGAACGCAAAUGGCGAUAUCUCGAACGACGACACGAGGACACUGAACAUUGACCUGUGCCAAUCGGCAUCUCUCUGGUCUCGCGCAGAAGACUUCUGGCAUGCCGUCGGCUGGGCGUUCAACUGCUCUGUCCUACAUCCGGAACGGUGGGCGAGAUGGCAGAUAUGGCUGCAGUUCAUGUGUGAGGUUCUCGAGGACGACUGGAACGAGCGCAAGAGGCAGAGCAGGGGUGCCGUGGAUGACGAAGCCCGCCGGAGAAUACUUGAGAAAAGCUUGAUUUUCCGGUACAUCGCCGGCGGGAGCACUCCGUAUGGGCGGAAUCGAAGAAUCCUGCGGGCCAUCUUCGCAGAUGGCAGCUCGGCCUCCGUCAAUGAAUUCCGCAAGGUGUUCCACAACGAGUUGAAAACGCUCAAGCGCGAGAGCAAUAAUAUCAAAAAGCGCGAAGGCGAAGUCAACAUCGACGAGGACCAAUUCGGCGACUACCUGUCCAAGGACGAGGACGAGGACGGAUCCGACGCAACAGACUCCGCCGCGCCGGUCCCCGCCAGACGUCCAACCCGUCAGUCGAAGCGCAGCAGGCGAGGCGCCGCCCCCAAAGACACCCCAAGCGCCGACGCAGCCACCGCCGAUACACCCAGCAGCGUCCAGGUCCACGGAGGCGUCUCCCUCCUCGGCGGCUUCCCAUCCCUCGCUCUCCGCCAACGCCUCCUGCACCUCCUCUCCGCCGUCUCCGAGGACCUCCCCGCCUCGUUCACCACCCUCGAGGAACUCUACCACCUCUUCGUCGAAAAUAUCCGCCACCUGCCCCUCCCCAUCUACCAAGCCUUCGUGAGCCCCUUCGUCCUCCCGCAUUUCUCCGCCGCCUCGCAGACCACCCUCUGCGAGUUCCUGCUGUUCCGUAUGCGCGAGAACGCAGCCCCUGACACAGACGAGGAGUAUCUGAAUCAGGCUAAGCUGGAGGAGUGCUUCUUGCCCUAUGCGGCUAGUACGCCUAGCAUUGUCGACAAUACCAAGAUGUCCAUCGCGCUGGAGUCGCUUCUGGUCCUCCUGGCGGACAGUGAUAUGCUGACUGUCACGCCGGAGCUGAAGGCCGCCGUGCAGGAGGGGAUCAUGGCACGUGCGGAAAAGGUCCAGGUGGAAACGAGGAAGAACCAGAGUAGUCGCAAGACGGAGGAUAUCGAGUGGUGCUGGCUGCUGGAGAGUGGAGAGCGGUUGAUGUUUCUGGUGGAUGAGCUUCUCUCGCGGAAGCACCCUUCUGCGAAGUAG